GUUAAAACGAAGUGGUUGCUAGAGGGACCGUAUACGCUUCUGUUUCUCUAAAAAGUUAAUAUUAAUCUUCGUAGUGAAAACAGAGAAAUGACCGUGAUCAACGGGGUAUAAAGCAAAGGCAACCAUGACUGAUAUUCGGCGGUCACUGCUGCGUCGGGAUGCCCUAAGCGCGGCCAAAGAAGUACUCUACCAUCUGGACAUUCAUUUCAGCAACCAGCUCCAGAACACUGCCGCCCCUGUGGUAGACAACGGAAGCGUCGAGUUGGUGGAGGAGUUUGUGUUCAACAUGUCAAAGGACCGGAGCGUGCAGCGAAAGAAGAUGACGUCUCUGCAGGAGCUGCAACUGCUGGAGAUAACAUGCAGCUACUUCCAGGAGCAGGGCAAAGACUCGCUCCGCCAGAUCAUCUUCUCUGCCCUCUUCAGCCCCCAGUGCAACGUGGCCGACGACCGCAGGAUGGCCAUGCUGGGCAAACUGGUGUCCAUGGCCGUCGCCGUGUGCAGAGUGCCUGUUCUGGAGUGCGCCGCAUCCUGGCUGCAGAGAAGCCCCGCCCCCCACUGCAUGCGGCUUGCCACGGUGCUGGUGGAUGACUACUGCAGCUCGGCGCCCAGCCCCGCCCACGCUCUCAGGGACAUUGUUUCUGUCAGCCCCCGCUUCUGCUGCCAGUUUAUCACUGCGGUUACCGCCGUCUAUGACCUCUCCACAGAUGACCUGAUCCCUUCCUCCGACCUGCUGGAGAUGGUGGUCACAUGGGUCCACGAUAACCCCCGUCUGACCCUACUGACCUUCCUGGGCGCGCCCAUCCCCUCCAGCCGACCCCCUGGUGCCCUGGACCCCACCCCGCUGCUGGGGCUCGUACGCUGGUGCAUCAAGUCCCCCCUGGCCUACAAGAGACACAGGAAGCCCUUGCAGGCCCCCGACUCGGGGGCCGCGCAUGCCUUGGGCCCCGCGGAGGGAGGCAGGGACCCCAGGUCCCUCUACUCCAUGCUCCACCUCAGCGUCCUGCAGAUCCUGGUGUCCCUGCGAGCAGACCUCACGGAGCUUCAGCUGUACGGGCGGGUGGGGGUGAUGUCACUGGAGCACGUGGCCAAGCUGGUGGGAGAGCUGGCCUACCUGGUGGAUGAGCUGAACCCCGGCGACUCUACCGCUGAAACAGAGCUCUCGCUGAACAGGCUGGCGCAAGCCCUGCAGGUCGCCAUGGCAGGGGGAGCGCUGCUCUGCUCCAGAGAGGACCUGAGGUGCCUUUGCUCCAGACUGCCGUACAAUAGCCUGCUGCAGCUGGUGAAGUCAGGCCCCUUCUUACCGGCUUCUCACCCUGGUUUCCAGCAGGAGACGUACCCCCCUGUCCACACACCUGUACAGGACUGUCCCUCCCAGCCUGUCUCCAAUCCACGCGUAUAACACAUAAUCCUCUUCUACCCUACACACUGCGUUCUGCUCUUAAAAUGUACCCCCACUCCAAAGAAAUACUGCUUUCCAGCCAUAACACACACCUCUUCUACCCUACACACUGCAUUCUUCUCCUAACACCCCCCCUCCCAUAACACUGCUUUCUGCUCAUAACCUGUACCCUCCUCUUCUCCUGCCAUACACCGCCCACAUUCUGCUCAUAACCUGUACCCCUGUCUCCUCCUGCCACACACAUUCUGCUGAUAACCUGUACCCUCCUCUUCUCCUGCCAUACACCGCACACAUUCUGCUCAUGACCUGUACCCCUGUCUCCUCCUGCCACACACAUUCUGCUGAUAACCUGUACCCUCCUCUUCUCCUGCCAUACACCGCACACAUUCUGCUCAUAACCUGUACCCCUGUCUCCUCCUGCCACACACAUUCUGCUGAUAACCUGUACCCUCCUCUUCUCCUGCCAUACACCGCACACAUUCUGCUCAUAACCUGUACCCCUGUCUCCUCCUGCCACACACAUUCUGCUGAUAACCUGUACCCUCCUCUUCUCCUGCCAUAUACCGCACACAUUCUGCUCAUAACCUGUAACCCUGUCUUUCGUGCCAGCGGUGGCCUUGGCUAUUCUCACUGCCUCGUGUGCAGGCAUGGACCUGUGUCCCAAAGGCUGUGCUGCACUUUUUAAGCGUUUUGAAGGAAAAGGAUUUACACAUACUACAGUAUUCCCUUUGGAAUUGAAUUAAAUGGAAAUCUUGGGUCAAAAGUCCUCAGCAGUUUCAAAUAAUAGAGAAAAAAUGACUUGAAAUUGCCAGACAAUAUGUUGUUUUUAUUUAUUUGAUUUUACCUUUUUUAAAGCAAAACACUGUACUGGUUUGUAUGAAGAGAAAUUAAAGAUCAGAAUUUGAA